AUGUUCCGCAGGUCCUGCAUAUCAGCUUUCCAACCCACGGCAUUCCUUCGCGUAUCGCUGGUCUUUAAGCAACUUGAAGGUUCCAACCCAUUAACUGUAAAGGACAGACCCGUGAAUUCAUGGUCCGACGAAUUUCUAAAACCACCCGUAUCGAAGGAGAUGGCAGACAAGUACGGCCGAUACGCCAAAUACUCCGACCCAACGUUGUGUUCAGUGGAUACCUCUUCUGAGGUUGUUCUCAACACAUAUCCGGAGGGAUCUCGUGAGGGACGCAUUGAGGCCACAGCCGGCGUCGCUCUCAAGGAUUACGACGCUUCCAUGUGGGACGAGGAGUUUUUCCGCAAGUACAUAUUGAAACCGAAGUUGCCUAAUGAAUUAGAGGACCGUGCGCGCGUCACAGACUAUGCGCUGAAUUCUGCAUUGUUGGGAUUUGUUAUUCUUAUGGUGCGGUAUGCCGUGUUGCCGCUGUGGUACGUUGGACAGCCGGCCAUGUCCAUGGUUGGUCAAAUGAACAUUGAGGCUGAGGUGGGUGAGCUAGAGGACCGUGAAUGCAAGACUGUAGUAUGGCGGGGCAAACCCGUGUUUGUUUAUCGCCGCUCAGAGCGCCAAAUGAAUGAUGUGCUGGGGACUCCACUCAGUGCACUGAAGCAUCCCGAAACGGACGAGGCCCGCUUCCCUGACCAUCGUGAAAUGGCUGUUGUCAUCGCUAUUUGCACUCAUCUCGGGUGCAUUCCCAUUCCUAACGAGGGUCUCUUUGGUGGCUUCUUCUGUCCGUGUCACGGCAGUCAUUACGACGCUUCAGGUCGUAUUCGUCAAGGUCCCGCCCCUCUUAACUUGGAGGUACCGCCGUACCGCUGGGUGGAUGAUAAGACGAUAUAUUUGGGAAAACUAUAG